CAAAAUAUCAUACCAGUGCUGUAUGUAUCAUUCCAUAAAAUGUAAAUCAUCUAGAUGAUUAAAGAAAAUAUAACUAAGAAAUUAGUAUAUAAAAGAGAAUAGAUGAGAGUAGGCUAUUAAAUUGUAGGAAAAGGAAUGGUAUAUGUAUGCUUAAAAAGAAGAGUAAAAAUGUUGCUGCAAGAGGAGGGCCACAUCAAUGAAUCGUUCUAAAAUUGGAAUUUUUAGUUUCUGUUAUCCGUGUGCUGCUCUCUUUCACAAAUUUGUUUGGUCCACGUACCAGUACGACAUUAAGAUUGGGUUAGUGAGGGCAAAAAUCUAAACAGGAAUUCAGAAAAGGAAUGGAAGGGGUACCACACCCAAUACCCAGAACGGUAGAAGAGGUCUUCAAUGACUUCAGGGGCAGACGCUCUGGCUUGAUUAAGGCUCUCACCACUGAUGUUGAUAAGUUCUACCAACAGUGUGAUCCCGAGAAGGAGAACUUAUGCCUUUAUGGACUUCCAAAUGAGACAUGGGAAGUUAACUUGCCUGUUGAGGAGGUGCCUCCUGAGCUUCCAGAGCCUGCACUGGGCAUAAACUUUGCUAGGGAUGGGAUGCAGGAGAAGGACUGGCUAUCGUUAGUAGCAGUUCAUAGUGAUUCGUGGUUGCUUGCUGUUGCUUUCUAUUUUGGUGCACGAUUUUCAUUUGGCAAGAAUGAGAGGAAAAGGCUUUUUCGGAUGAUAAACGAACUUCCGACCAUUUUUGAAGUCGUGACAGGCAAUGUCAAACAACCAACGGACCAAUAUGCUAAUCACAACAGCAGUGGCAAAAGCAAAUCAAGUGCUAAAUCACGUCAAUCUGAAUCGGAGAGUAAGGUGGUAAAGAUGUCUGCAUCUAAGGAUGAGGAUGAAAGUGGGGAAGAUGAGGAAGAUGAUGAACAGGGUGCGACUUGUGGGGCAUGUGGGGAUAGCUAUGGCACAGAUGAAUUCUGGAUUUGCUGUGAUAUCUGCGAGAGAUGGUUCCAUGGGAAAUGUGUGAAGAUUACACCUGCAAAGGCAGAGCAUAUCAAGCAGUAUAAAUGCCCAAGUUGCAGUAGCAAGAGGGCCAGGGUUUAAAAGUAGGGUGAGAAGUUGAAGUUGUAGCUUAAACGAAGCAGACAAGGUUGAUAGCAUUUUCAUUAUAGACAGAGUUGCCCCUUUAGUUGAUUAACUGCGGAUGGGGUUUUAAGUUAUGCUUCUCUUUUGUCAUCCGCUCGAAACUGAAGCUGGCAACAUAUGCUGCACUUUAGGUUUUUUUUUUUUUUUUUUUGUCUUUUCGGACUUAUUACCUUGGUUGUAAUUUCUUCUUUCUGCUUCGCCUUUCUUAAUUUUUAAAAUUACUUUGCAUCUUGGUUUUUUUAGCAUAUAUUCCAUAAGAAUUAACGAACAUAUGUUAACUCCAAAGAUUUUUGUUGAAGUAUCCAAACCCAAGGCCGGUAAUCAAAACCUCAUUGAUUUUAUCUUUUAA